AUGGCCAAAAUUCGUCAGGAAACGGAAGCAGCUAUUCACGAGGUUAGUUUUAGGCUAGAUUUCAGGUCUUUCAGUACGUCUGUAUUCAGUUUUUCGUCUUUUACUUGUACACUGUGAAGCAAAUAGUCUCUUUUUCCAGGCAAACACACGGCUUAAUCAAGCUGAAAGGGACCGAGCCGAGGUACUAUAUUUACAAAACACUUUCAGAUUAUCGUGGGUACCAGAUGAGGUAAGAAUAGACCUAUAGACUGUACUGAGAUAUUGGGGCUUAUAGAGGACAAAUACAAUAAACUGUUUACUUAGGUGUUUCGAUACAGUUUUUCGAAAACCAUACCGAUAUUUUUCCAUCGCCUAAAAAGUGAUUUUAUCUUUGUCCGCUAGAAAAUGUUCACAACUGACUGACUUUGGAUUGAAGUUUGUCAAAAUGUAGCAUUAAGUAAAAUCGGUAUCACUAUGAAACAAUAAACAAUUAAAAAAACUUUCAAAUCGAUAAAAGCCGAAAAUUGCGCGAUCUAGACCUGCUACUGAAAAUCCGACACCGGGAACUGGUUUUUGCCCUUCCUUGUCACUUAAGACACGAAAAGAAUUUUACUACUUUGAAAUCCUUAGUUAAGACUAUUUUUUAUUAAAAUCAGCCAAUUUCUGUAACGCGCAUUGAUCAUAUACAUGCAUAUGCGAAUUUGUGCGUUAUAAGUAAUAAAAUUAUUAUUAUUAUUAUUAUUAUUAUUAUUAGCAAAUGACCCCCCUGAGAAGUAGAAAAUUAUGUUUGUUUGAAUUCAAAUAAAACGUAAAUAUAUUUCAAACCUUAUAUUUUCAUAUUGUGCCGAUUCAUCAAAGUUCCCAUAUCUUUUCAAUCCCCGUAUUGUUGACUUGAUUGCUAUCACACGCCUGUUGAUUGGUUAGUCUUAACCACUUUUUAAUGCAGGUAAUGUAUUUUUUUCGCAGCUUGUUAACUACUGUUCAAACAGCAAAUGUCGAGCACCAUUCACUCAAGUAAGUUUUGUGUCUUGUUUUAUUGAAUACAAGGCUACUUUCACGCAAACGUUGUUCCCAGGGCCUUUCCCUUUAGGAAAUGGGAGGGGGCCCUGGAAAGGAGGUUGCCUUUACUCCAUGAUUUCAAAUCUUUGGUAACAUUUUCGUCGACAUUAUACCGAAAUUGUGCCGUAGAAGCUCAUAUUUUACGAUAUUUACCUUAUGUCAACUCAAUUGAUAAACCAAAUUUUCGACCGAAAACGGACACCAGAAGUCCACGGAACAAAUUUCGUUUCCAAACAUGGGUGAGUGUAGGCGCAAUCAGUGUUAUUCUAUGGGCAUCAAACCGCUCAGGAUUUGAAAAUUAGAAAACGUGUGUUUAUUCUUUUGAUUGGUUUGGGUUCUAUUAGCUUAACACAGAUGCAUUUGGUGUUUGUUGUAGACUAUAGAAGACGCUAUCAUUGUCGAUGCUGCGGCCGCGUUUUCUGUCACAACUGCACAGAUCAGUCAGCUCCGUAAGUUCAACAUGAUUUACUUUGUUAUCAGUUGCAGGUGUCACAGUGUUUUGUCUCGUAGCCAGCUGAUUACAAGAAAGGAUAUCCUCUCUUGCUGUUUAACAGAAACUGACAGAGGCAAUCUUAAAAGUUAAGAAAUUUUAAGCCGUUGAAGUUUCAUCGUGAGCUCUAAGUUUUUAAACUUCCCAGCUUAUAGGAUAAGCAUGCAGCCUCCGCUGGCCGGACCACAAAUUCUGCGGCGGUCUUUCGUAAUUGAAUCACUGAGGGGAAUCACACAAAACUGAAGAAGAGACAUACAUUCCUUUCCAAGUGGGAAAACCUGUGUUACACUACAGGGGGAAGAAGAGAGUAAGAGAGAGUAAGAGAGGCGCUCAUCUCUUCAUAUCGUCUUUUGGUGGACAAAUUAACAACGAGGACAUGUCUUCUUUUUCAGGAUUCCAGCGUUUGCCUACAAUCAGAAUGUCAGAGUUUGCAAUCCUUGCUUUGCUUUGCUUGAUGAAAUGUUUUGUGAAGAACCAAUUGCUUGCACAGACCCCACGUGA